AUGAGUUCGAAAGGGAGCGUAACGGUGAGGAAACCUAAAAUGGAAAAAGUGAGAGAUGAGCAAGACACUAAAGUAAAAGGCCUUGAGGCAAAUAAUAGUCUUAAAGAACUAAGCGGAAGUGACGACAGUGAAGAAGAAGCUGAUGAGAUUCAAGAUGAUGAAUUAGAUUUAUCUGACGUCUCUUCUGUAUCAGAAGCUAAUGGUAGCGAAGACGACGGUUCGGAUGCCCAUGAACGAGGAGAAGAAGACGAAGAAGAAGGUGACGACUUUCCAAAGAAAAAGAAGUCUAAGAAAAGUAAGCAUGAUGAUGGUUCCAAUGAUUUCUCUAGCGCAGUUAACGCAAUCUUGUCAUCACAUUUGAAGGCAUAUGACAGAAAGGAUCCAAUUAUGGCAAGAAAUAAAAAAGUGCUGAAGAAAAAUGAAUCAGAUAAACUUGAACAGCAAGCCAGAAGGGUCCUAACAACAGAGAGGAAAAAACUAUUAAAUAAAGCAAGAAAGAAAGAUAUCAUCCCAAUUGCUUCCGGUGAAAAUCAAAAUGGUGAAGAGAUUAGAGCUGUCCUAGAAAAGGAAACAAAACUAAGGAAAAUUGCCCAAAAGGGUGUUGUAAAACUUUUUAAUGCUAUUCUUUCGACACAAGUGAAGACUGAAAAGGAAAUCGCUACUACCAUGGGUGAUAUCAAGAACAGAAAAGAAAGAGAAACCCUUAUUACGGAAGUCUCAAAGGAAAAGUUCCUGGACUUGGUUAAGGCAGCCGGUGAAGAUAAUUAA